GUGGGUGAGCGCCCACUGGAGCCGAUCCCGCGCACAGGCGCGGGAGUCUCGGCGAGCAAACAUGGCGGCCCUGACGACCGUGGUGGUGGCGGCGGCGGCCACGGCGGUUGCCGGGGCGGUGGCGGGGGCGGGCGCGCCUGCGGGGACCGGCGUGGGAGCGGCGCCGACGCCGCAACAGAAUGAUGGCAGCUUUAGUACUUCUGGUGGAAUUCGUCCUUCUCAGCUUCAGAACUGGAAGCAGAAAGUUAGUCGGAUGAAGAGAGCAGAAUUCAUACGCACAGCAGAAAAAUUAAAGAAUCAAGUUAUUGUUAUAGAAAAAGAUAAACACAGUCAUUUCUACAACCAAAGAGGGGACUUCAGAACUGAGCACAGCAUGCUGGAAGAACUGGAGAACAAACUGAUAAACAGCAGGAAGAUAGAGAGAGCAAAGAUCCAGCAACAAUUGGCCAAAAUACAUAACAAUGUGAAGAAACUUCAGCACCAGCUGAAAGACGUGAAGCCCACGCCUGACUUUGUUGAAAAGCUCAGAGAAAUGAUGGAAGAAAUUGAAAAUGCAAUCAAUACUUUUAAAGAAGAACAGAGACUGAUAUAUGAAGAGCUUAUUCAAGAAGAGAAAACAACUAAUAAUGAGCUGAAUGCCAUCUCCAGGAGAAUUGACUCCUGGGCUUUGGGAAAUUCAGAAACAGAGAAAGCUUUCAGAGCGCUCUCGAGCAAAGUCCCCGUAGACAGAGUGGCACCAAGUACUCUGCCAGAAGAAGUUGUGGAGUUUGAAAAAUUCCUUCAGCAAACAGGAGGGCGACAGGGGGGCUGGGACGACUUUGACCACCAGAACUUUGUGAAAGUGAGGAGCAAACAUAAGGGGAAGCUGGCGUUCAUCAAGGAGGCUGCGGAACACCUUCCAGGAAGAACGCUGCGUGAAGUGGAGCAGCACGAGAAGUGGUAUCAGAAGUUCCUGGCUCUAGAGGAGAGAAAAAAAGAGUCUAUUCAAAAUUGGAAAACCAAAAAGCAGCAAAAGAAAGAGGAAAUACUCAAGCUAAAAGAAAAGGUAGACAGCACACCUAUGCCUUCUCAUAGCAAACCAGAAGAUAACCAGAAGCAGAAAGAGGAACAGAGGAAGAAGCAGAAACUGGCAAUUGAAGCUUGGAAAAAGCAGAAAAGUAUAGAGAUGUCAAUGAAGCAUGCUUCCCAGCUCAGAGAAGAAGAGGAGAGAGAGAGGAAGCAGCAGAAAGAGCGCCAGCGGCAGUUUAAGUUAAAACUGCUCCUAGAACGUUACACCCAGCAAAAGAAAGAGCAGGAGGAGUUCCUGAGACUUGAGAAGGAGAUAAAGGAAAAGGCAGAAAAGGCAGAAAAAAGGAAAACUGCAGCUGAUGAGAUUUCCAGGUUCCAAGAAAGAGAUUUGCAUAAACUUGAAUUGAAAAUUCUAGAUAGACAGUCAAAAGAAGAGGAAAAGGCAGAAAAGCAAAGGCGACUGGCCAAAUUAAAAGAAAAGGUUGAAAAUAAUGUCAGUAGAGAUCCCUCUAGGCUUUAUAAACCUACCAAAGGCUGGGAAGAACGAACCAAAAAGAUAGGCCCAUCAGGCUCUGAGCCACUUCUCCAUAUCCCACACAGGGCCAUUCCAAGCUGGCGACAAGGAAUCUAGAGGGACUAUGAGAUGAUGCGAUCGCUGUUCACUUGACGAGAAUGCUAGCAUUGCUGGUUCAGGAGACAGCGACUUACUUUGCUGUUUAGAUGUUAGUGGCGUGGUCAGGCUGGUUACUGUGCUGUGUCUGGACUGAGAGGUUUGAAGUGUCACGUAGCACUGGCAGGAUUUCGUUUCUACAGAGAGGGUAUAUGUUGGCCUAGUGUUGAUAUGAAUGUUACUUAAAUAGGUUUAUGUUACAAACAUUAUUCUAUUUAAAUACAUUAUAUCAUGGCUUAGGAAAUAAUUUGGGAGACUCAGUCUUUUUUAAGCCAAAAUUUUGUAACUUUUAUAACUUGGAAGUAACUAAGCUUGAGUAACAAAAACAUAAAGUGUCUUUUUUUAAAGAGUUGUUCAAUAACUUAGUACUUUUUCUAAGUUUAACAAAAUGGUAAUUUGUCAGUUGUUUCGGUUUUGUGCAAUGAAUAUUUUGUAUUUGAUUAAAGCAUGCUUUGUUUUAUAUCGAGACUAUUUUAAAUAACCUCCCUUGCUACAUGGACCUUACUCGUAUAGUAUGGUGUCAUCCUCCAGAAUUCCUGUAACUAUGUCAAAUUUCCUUUCAGGCUUUCUGGAUCCACAGAUUUAUAAAUUUUUGUGUCUUUGUAUCCUACUGGCUGGUACAGUUUUCUUCUGCUUGCCCCACAGUAGGACCUUUCUUUCUCCUCAAAUAAGCUAGUUUAAACAGUACACUGAAAUUCUGGAAAAUUUUAUAACACAACUCAAUUCAGUUUUCCAUUUUAAAACAUUUUAUGUCAUCCUAACUUUGUAGGAGGGCCUGGGGCUGUUUGUUUGUCCCUACCACCCAGAACCGAAAUAACCACACAGAAACUAUAUUGAUUAAAACACUGCUUGGCCCACUAGCUCUAGCUUAUUAUUGGCUAACUCUUAUAUUAAUUUAACCCAUUUCUAUUAAUUUGUAUAUCGCCAUGUGGCAGUGGCUUAUCAGCAAAGAUUCUAACGGUGUCUGUCUCAGGCAGAGAAUCCAUGGUGUCUCUCUGACUCCUUCUUUCUCCCAGCACUCAAUUCUGUCUUCCCUGCCUACCUAAGUUCUGCCCUAUCAACAGGCCGAGGCAGUUUCUUUAUUCAUUAACUAAGAAAAGCAACACACAGAAGGACCUCCCACACCAUAACUUUAAUUAGGUUUCAACUUAUAACUUUAUUUAUACAUAAAAUAUAGGAAAUUCACUUCUUACAAAUUUUAUCUUCAAAUGCCUCUAAUUAUAAUUUGAGACAUACAGACUGAAUGACCCAGAAAUUACUAGGAUUAGUGAUCUAAAUCUUUCCUUACAUAAAGUUAAUAGUUAUAUAAGUAUAUGGAUUCAAAGUAUUUAGAUCCCAAAUUUUAGAAAGAGAUUCUAAUUGUAUAGUUAUUGGUGCACAAUAAGUAUCCUUAACUGGAAAUGCCCAUUUUAUUUCCUUGUUUUCCAUACUCUUUUAAAUAAUCUGGAACAGCUGAGGAAUAUACACGACGAGGGAAUUCAAGAGAAAUGAACUGCUGCCUAAGAUAGAGGAAAGCAAACCAGUACUGCACACAAACGCACCUUUUAGCUGCCUGCAUCAAAGCCAAGCACGCUGGUGGAUGCGAUUCUUACUGUUCCAGUCUUCAGUAUCUUUGGUGCCUGUGUUUGGAUCGAACUUACGGCCCAAAGCAUGUCAACUACAGGCUCCACGGGCUUUACUUCCAGCCUUGUUUUUAAUUGUGUGUGUGUGUAAACAUGUGUUUGGGGGCAGACCCGCGUGUGCCACAAUACGCUGGGAUUAUAUCAUAGGACAACUUGGUGGAGUUGGUUCUCUUCUUCUCACCUUUCUGUUGAUCCCUAGGUUUGAACUCAGGUUUCUAAGCUUGUGCAACUGCUGAGUACCAAAAAUUACCCAGGGUGCUUUGGGGUUGAGUGUUAAAUAAGUAUAUGUAACACUAACCCACAGAUCACGUUUUCAAAGAAAUUAAUUUUCUACAAUUAAAAAUACACCCAAAUUUCUACUUACUUUAUUGGUUCUUAAAGGAUCUUGUUUGGGCCUAAUCUUUUGUGGACUUCUUCGUCAUGAAUGCCUUCCAAGGCAACUUUAAUUCUACUUUUUAUGAAUAAGGUUUUACUGAACCAACCUUGCCCAUUGGUUAUACAUUGUCUGUGGCUAAUUAUUAUAGUGAAAUUGCAACUGAAGGCCUGAAUAGUUGUGACAGACUAGCUGAUCCAUAAAGCCUAAAAUUUUUAUGGUCUUGCCCUCUGGGAAAAAACAACCCAUGAAUAAAUGUCUGUGCAAGCAAAAAUCAACUUCGCUAUUUUGUUAUACUUCAUUUUUCAGAGGAAACCUAUAUCAGUAUUUCUAAAUUAUCAACAAUGUGGAAAUAAAGCAUAAGC